GAAUUAAAAGGUAAGCAAAAGAGAACUAGUUCAGUAAAGGUUAUGGGAGAAAAGAUCUGAAAGGAAGAAGGUUAUGUGGAACAUUAGGGGAAAAAUAGCGACAGCAACAGCAGCAAAGAAAGAUGCACAGGAGCUGGGAAGGUGGCUAUCCCAAGGUGGGGAAAAGAAGAAGGUUACAAGGCUGAAGAAAAAGGACUAGCAUUACCACGGCCGUAUGUCGGAAUUGCAACCAGGACCGGAGCCCCAACAUGGGCUGUACAUGCUGUUCCUUCUCGUGCUGGUCUUCUUUCUCAUGGGCCUCGUGGGGUUCAUGAUCUGCCAUGUACUCAAGAAGAAGGGUUAUCGCUGUCGGACAUCAAGAAGUUCAGAGCCAGAGGAUGCCCAGCUCCAGCCACUGGAUGAUGAGGAUGUGAAUGAGGACACAGUGGAAAGGAUUGUCCAAUGCAUCAUCCAAAAUGAAGCCAAUGCUGAAGCCUUGAAAGAGAUGCUUGGGGACAGUGAAGGUGAGGCAACAGUACAGCUGUCCAGCCUUGAUGGUGCUCCUAGCCUACAGGAUGGGACUCCAUCUCACCACCAUACAGUUCACCUGGGAUCAGCCGCCCCUUGUAUCCACUGCAGCCGAAACAAGAGGCCACCUCUCGUCCGACAGGGCCGAUCCAAAGAUGGCAAGGGCCGUACUAGGCCAGGGGAGACCACAGUGUUCUCUGUGGGCAGGUUCCGGGUGACACAUAUUGAGAAGAGAUUUGGGCUUCAUGAACAUCGGGAUGGCUCACCCACAGAUAGAAGUUGGGGCUCCAGUGGUGAGCAGGACCCAGGGGGUGGCCAGAGUUCUAGGAAAGGGCAGAUUGGGACUGGAACUCCUGCCACAGAGAGACUUCCAGCAUCAGGAGCAGAGGUUGGCAUCCUAUCUAGUUCCCCUGUACAGAAUGGUGGCCUCAGAGAAAGGAGCCUUGUUCCCUCUCUGAUUGAGAGGCCCUCUGGAGCCAUGGAAGACUGGGAGACAGCAGCCAGAGAGAGGGACACAAGGCCAGUGUUGACCAGAAGGGAAACUAAUGGACAGCCAGCCAAACUGGAUGCCUCAGAUUUCCAGGUGUCACUGCCAGGUGGCUCAGGAGGAGAAUGAGCCUAAGACAGGUCAAAGGUGAGGAGAAGUUGCCCCUACAUUCACCCCAGGCUCCCUCCUUCUCCAUCAACUUGCUCCUCUGCUUGAGCCUG